GCAUAAGGUAAAUAUAAAAAUAAUUAUGUUGUGAAAAAUGCCAUUGUUGGUUUAGAAUGAUUUACAAAUACAUGAUGUUUUUGCAGGGGAGGAAAACCAGCAUGUUGCCCAGGGAAAAGGUUUAAUAAAGACAGUGAAAUGUGUGAGGAAUGCCUUCCUGGAUAUUAUCACUGGGAUUGUUCACGUAAAUGCCAAUAUCCAUAUUACGGCAAGGCUUGUAAAGAAGAUUGUUUAUGCCCAAAAAACCUUUGUAAUUUCUCAUAUGGCUGUACAUUGUUCGAAGGGCAAAGAACAGUCGUCUCUACGCAGAACUUCAAAACCAAAAAUGAUAAUUUCUCGAGCAUCCACCAUUCAGUUAAUAUAUUCUUUACUAUUACCUUACCUUACAAGAGGAAUACGUUGAAUGAGGAAAAAUACCAAAUCAAAUGGAAUAGCAGUACACAAAUGACUACUGAAGGAAAGGCUGAAGCUUUUCUUUCAAGUAACAUAAUAGUUAUCAUGACGUGUUUAGCGGUGUUAUUUGUUUUGUUGUUUGCGAUUUUUGUUGUUUUAAAUGUUUACAAAAUGUUUAUUAAGAAACGUGCAGUUAUACGUUCAGCUGAGAAAAGCACUCUAAAAGAAAACAAAAAUUACUCGUCUAUUGGACAGAAAAAAGACAUCGAAGAAAGAACUAUUUCCCUAGGAAUUCAAAGCGAAAAUACCUGUGAUGAUACAUGUACUUCAUAUUUAUCUCCGCUGAGUUUGGCAACGAGUCAGUACGAGGAAAUUGAUUUACACGAUAUUCGAAGAGAAUCAAAAUACAUUCCAUUUGAACAUACAUCCGAGGAACAGCAAGAUGCGUAUCUUACUCCUACAGCUGUAUCAGAUGGAUUGUAUAUAGAAAUUAUUGGAUAA